AUGGCCGACCAACCCCCCAUGGGCCGCGACUUCAUCGACGCAAAGAACGUCGACCCUAUCGACCACAAUGAUCAGACCGAUCCCGAAGACUCCGCUAGCCAGCCUCGUUUCCCGGGCCCCGGUUCGAGCACAACUGCCCCUUCCACCUCGAAGCCACAUUCGAACAAGUUGUUGAACAAGCUGGAUCCGCGAUACGACAAUGAUGUUUUGGAGUCGGAGAAGCAGGAGAAGGAGAAGGUGCAGCGGAGGGGAUGGGAUUAA